CGACCAAGUCAGAGUCCUACCAGAGGUCACAAAAUUGACAUACUCACCUCCCCAUUCUUUAUUUUUGUACUGUAUACUCCGUGACACAACUCAGUGAAAAGAAUGUGCUGAUCUUUUUUUUUGGUUUAGAAAUCUGAUCUUGAGAUGACUUACUUCCUGGAGAGAACUAUUCAAAACACGUUUUUGUUUUAGUGAAGUGAAGAGAGUAGUUUUGCUUUUACUUAUGUUUACAUUUGAAAAAAAAGAGAUAUUACCUGCCUGAAGAAUGACAAGUUUCGCCUGUUUAGUUCUGGCGGUCACUUCAGUGGCUAUGACUGGAACACUGGGCACACCUCUGGACGAUUAUGUGAAUACGUUUGAUCCAAACUACUCCUAUACGCUGCUGUCACAGUCAGUUGGUGCAGACUUCACGCUGCACGUGCUUAACAUGACGUCACAAAAAUGGCUGACAGAAAAGGUCACCAAGAAACCAAUAUGGUGGCAUUACCUGUCUAUAAUAGUACCCCACAACCUUGUCUACAAAGACACCGGCUUUAUGUGGAUUGACCAAGGCCACAACACAGACAAGCCGCCUACUAUUGCAGACGAUUUCGUUGCUGGUAUAACCAUCCUGGCUGUGAACAUCGGGGCCGUGUGUGCUACCAUCAAGCAAGUGCCCAACCAGCCAACUGUAUUCUGGGCUGAUCCCUCUCUAAUGAAUCGCACGGAAGACAAUGUUAUCGCAUGGACAUGGAGAGAGUUUUUACUCAACGGCUCUAAUCCAGAGAUCUUGUUAAGGUUACCUAUGACUAAGGCAGUUGUGCGUGGUUUCGACACAGUCUCUGCCUACAUGCAGAUUGUUGCUAACAUCCACAUUGACAAAUUUGUCGUCGCUGGGGCAUCCAAGCGUGGCUGGACCACAUGGACCACUGCAGCAGUGGACAAAAGGGUCAUUGGUAUGAUACCUUGUGUUAUGGAUUUACUCAAUUUUCAAAAAAAUCUUCAUCAUCAUUUCCGGUCACUUGGUGGUUGGACAUUUGCUUUUGAUUCUUACUACACAAUGAACAUCACCCAAAAUUUAGACAGUCCUAACAUCCCCAAAAUGCAGGCAGUGAUAGAUCCCAUAACCUACAAUGAAAGGUACACUAUGCCUAAGAUGAUCGUGAGUACUGGUGGAGAUGAAUUCUUUAUUCCUGACGACUCACACUAUUACUAUGACCAGUUACAAGGACCCAAAUUUCUCAGAGUUGUACCAAAUGCCGAGCAUUCAAUGGUGGGCCAUCUGAUGAAUAUUAUUCUUGGAAUUCAAGGCUUUUUUCUGAACAUUGUAGAAAAAGCUCCUUUUCCUUCACUGACUUGGGUUCGAAGCCAGAAUUCAACACAUGGUUCAAUUCUGGUCACUUCAUCCAUUCCACCAAAAGCUGUGACUGUGUUUCAUGCCCAGACUUUGGAUAACAAAAGACGUGACUUUCGGUUAUUCGCUGCUGAUCCAAAAACUGGCAAAGCUUUGAUACAUCCGGUCAUCUGGCUCAGCAGAUCUCCAACCAAGAUCAGUGACACUAAGUAUGAAGCUGUCAUUGAGAUACCAAAAGUGGGAUGGGCCGCCUUUUUCAUCGAGCUCAAGUUCCCAGGUCAGAAAGGUUCCACCAUGGACUUUACAACAGAAGUGAACAUUGUACCAGACAUCUUCCCAUUUCCAGAUUGUUCUGGAGAAACUUGUCGAGGGACUUUAGUCUAACUUGACCUAGGUUUGGCUGGACAAAGAUGGCAUACUAUCCGACAGACAAGACCUACUUGUUGGUUACAAUCCAACAUGUUUACACUUACAAAUGUUGAUAGACAACGCCCACUUUUUGUCUUUCCUGCAAUGAAAUUUGACCCUUUAUUGAUUCUUUAUAUUUCCUUGCAAUGGCGCAUUUUGUAUAUUACUUUAUUCUGUGCAAUAUUUACAGAUAUACAUACACAAUAAAAUUUAAAUGUAUAUACAAAACAUGAA